AUGAUCGGCGCGAACGAUGCCCGAAUAGGAAAGCAGUGCGCCCCCCAGAAGAAGCUCCCCUCGGGCAGUCGGGUCCCGGUUGAUCUCGGGGGACGUGGAGUGACUUCGCUGGUCCACCUUGCAAGAUCUCUCUACACAACCAUGUCGCCGGAUGGGUCCACGGCCCCCAAGGCCAGCGCCAAUGCCUGCUUGGCUUGCCGUCGCGUCAAGAUGAAAUGCACCAUGACGAUAGAUCCCGUCAAGUGUGAUCGCUGCGUGCGAAAAUCAAUAGACUGCGCUUUCCGCGAGCAUCGUCGUGGCAGAAAGCCCGGCACACGUUCUAAACGGUCGCUCGACUCGCAUAUGCAGGAUGCGAUCCCCGAGCGAUCUGAAGUGCGGCCCAAUUCGCGCGAUGAACGCGUCUCAGACUUCUGGGCUGAGUCCGAGGGGUUGCAGCCCGAUGGCCUCCUGAGCCACCAGGCGAUGAAGGGGAAGUUCUCACUGCAGAAUAUUCUCAGUACUAACCAUGGGGCGACAUUCGAUCGCCCUGCCGACGGGGUCUCGCCCGAUGAUCCAAUUCGGUGUGGGCUCGUGAGCUACGAGCGAGUUGUCGGCCUUUUUGAGAACUUCAUGACCAAGUUAAAUCCAUAUAUCAGUCAAUUGGACCCUCAUCUCCAUACGCUAACAUAUGUGCGACAAAAGUCGUCAUUUUUACUUUCUGCUGUGCUUACAGCUGCUUCGAAGUCUUUUGAGCCUGCGUUGUACCCAAGUAUCCAUGCACACGCUGAAAAGCUGUUCAUGGAGGCGUUCCAGCGCGGAUAUAAAUCGGCGGAGACUAUCCAGGCAAUCAUGGUGCUUACCUAUUGGAAAGAGCCAAGCGAUACAAGAGCCUGGAUGUCCGUCGGACUGGCAAUUCGCAUGUCAAUGGAUCUUGGCUGGCAUAAACUGGGAACGACCCUGACAUCACCCAAAGAUCUGACCGACAUCCGGCAAAGAGAAAUCCGAAACGAUGAACGUACCUGGCUGGUGCUGUUUGUAUACGACCGCAGCAUGAGUCUACAAACGGGGAAACCGUGGAUGAUCGAACGCAGCCCUUUCAUUGAAUCGGUCCAAUCGUGGUGGAUGCAUCCACAAGCAAUUGAUAAUGACCGGCUUCUCUGUAGCUUUGUGACCCUCCGACUGCUGGCAGCGGAGGUGUUUGAUCUGUCAAACCCGGGAAGUCAGUAUCCGGCUCCUCGCCCGUUGUCGAUUUUGCAAAGUCGCAUCGAACGUUGGCAAGCAAAAUGGCUUGAGGUCACAGACUCAGUGAGCUGCCAUAACUUCCUCAUCCGGUUUUAUGGCGCCCAUCAAUCCCUACAAUUGUUCUCCAUUCCGCUGCAAGAAACUUUGAAGAAAAGCAAUUUUGACGAAACCUGCGACCUCAAACCGUUUUGGGUUAGCUAUCAGAGUGCCAUGACUAUGUUGCGCUUGAUGCCUGAGUAUUCGACUUUCUUGGGUCAUUGUCAGGAUUCAAUUCAUGUCAUGACAGCAUACUCCGCCGUUCUCCUCAUAAAGCUCUUGCUUUCUUCCCCGCCUCCCAUCAGCCAAGAAAUUGAGGCUGACACCCUUGCGACAAUCCGCGCCGCAGCAAGUGUCUUAACGGCCCAAUCCUCUGCCAGCACAAGCUGUAAUCUCCAGUCCAAGUUUCUCAGCAACAUUCUAUCGGAGUACUCAACCAUCCGACGCCCCCGCCCACUCACAAUACAAUCGGCCCCUCGACCAAUCGACAGGCCAUCCGCCCCAAGCUCGGCAGCUACCUCAUUCCCCGACUCCCCCGCCACAAUUCAAUCUCAAUCUCCAGCUGGGCAAACCAUAGAUACCCAUCCGACCUCUUCGGUCAGGUCCUUCCACUUACAGCCCAGCCCAGCAAGCCAAGACUCAACAUUCCCGCCUUCGCAUCCUUCUCAACCAUCGUCUGUUCAACCACCUUACUUUCAUCGCCCGUCGCAGCCAUAUGACCCGACUAUGCCUCCUAUCCAACCGACUCCGAACGGCCAGCCUGUAUCGGGACUAGGCUUCAAUCAACAAAUUGAUGAAGCUUCAAAUUUCCUAUUUAGUGAUGAUGCUACGUGGGUUGGUAUGUUUGCAAGUGCAGGCUUUAGCAUCCAAGACGGUGUGUUUUGUGGUCAGUCUACAUAA